CUUUGACUCGCCUCGCACCCUCUCCCUCUUUCUCUCUCUCGCGAGUCUGCCCAAAUCUCUUGGAAGGGUGCGCAGCCGGCGGCGAGCGGAGGUUCUGCUUACGCUCACGCCGUUGCGGGGCCGCCGCCUCGGGUCGAGUCGGCGCCCGCGCCAUGUGCGCCCGUGCGGCGGCCCACUGCGCGUCCAGCUCCCACGCCUCGCACUGCGCCGACCUCCUCUCCCGGCUGCUCCGCCGCGGCCGCCUCCGGGAAGCGCGCGCCGUGGCAUCCCGCCUCGCCGACGGCCCCAUCGACCCGGCCGUCUCCGACGCGCUCGUGGCCUGCCACUCCCGCCUCGGGGACGUCUCCUCCGCGCUGUCCCACUUCCAGCACCUCGUCCAGUCGGGCGGCGCCCCCUCGGCCGCCUCCAGCGCCGCUCUCCUCCGCGCAAUGUGCUCCGCCUCCAUGUCCACGGAGGCAAUGGACAUCUUCGUGCUCUGGAUGGACAACCCCUCGCCUUUGCCCAUCUCAGAGUUCGGCCUUCUCAUCCCCGGGCUGUGCUCCGAGGGAGCUGUCGACAAGGCUCGCUUCCUGUUCGACGCAAUGCUUGGCUCGGAAUUGACGCCCCCCGUCCGCGUCUACAGGUCGCUUGCCUUCGCAUACUGCAAGGCGAGGCGCUCCCUCGAUGCCAGCGAGAUGUGCCAGCUGAUGCUCAGCAAAGGGAUGUAUCUAGACAGGGAGCUUGGCACAGCGCUCAUCCGGGUAUUUUGCCAGCAAGGGCGGUUGGAACCAGCACUGGAUGUGUUCCAUAGGAUGAAGGGGGAUGAGCAUGUUGAGUUGGAUGCAUACGCUUACACAACCAUGAUAGGGGGAUUGUUUGAACACGGGUAUGUCGAUCAUGGCCUGGAGCUGUACCAUGAGAUGAUGGACAGGGGCAUUCAGCCCGACGCAGUAACCUACAGUGUGAUGAUCAAGUGGUAUUGUAAGAGCAAGUGGGUUGCUACUGCCAUGGAUAUCUACAAAGUGAUGAUAAGGACAGGUGUUGCACCUGACUUGAGGUGCUACACUAUUCUGAUGGCAUCGCUCUGCAAGGAUGGGAAGUUGGGUGAGGCUGAGUAUCUGUUUGAUAAUAUGCUGGAGAGUGGCCUUCUCCCUGACCAUGUUAUGUUUAUUUCGAUAGCAAAGUUCUUCCCCAAGGGCUCGGUGGUUGUAUUUGUGCAGAAAGCAUUGAAGGCUGUUACCAAGUUGGAUUGUAGUGGCAAGCUGCUGGAGCUUUCUUCGCUUGCAGGUGGGUGCUCGGACAUGAGUUUACAGAAGGAGGCUGACCAUCUUCUUGACGAAAUAGUGAGAAGUAAUGUGCUCCCUGUUAAUACUGUUUUCAAUUUGAUGAUAGUUGCCAUGUGCUCAGAGGGGAGGCUAGAUGCCUCGUACUAUCUAUUGGAGAAGUUGGUGGCUUAUGGCUGUGAGCCUUCUGUCUUAACAUACAAUAUUGUGAUAAAAUGCCUGUGUGAGCAAAAGCGUAUGGAUGAUGCUAGGAGACUCAUUACUCUUAUGCAGAGCAGGGGUGUCAGACCUGAUAUAUCCACAAAUUCAAUCAUGGUAACAGCAUAUUGUAAGAUUGGUGAUAUAGAAAGUGCACUUCGUCUGUUUGAUGAAAUGGCCAAGGAUGGGAUAGAGCCUUCUAUUGCAGUAUAUGAUUCCAUUAUAGCAUGCUUGUGUAGAAUGAAGCACUUUAAAGAAGCGGAGGUUACACUCCGCCAAAUGAUUGGUGAAGGAUUGCCACCAGAUGAGGUUAUUUACACAUCACUUCUUAAUGGAUAUUCCACCACAAAGCAAACAAGGAAUGCAUGCCGUAUUUUUGAUGAAAUGCUAGAGUGUGGUUUACAACCUGGUUCCCAUGCUUAUGGUUCCCUUAUAAAUGGCCUGGUAAAGGAAAACAAAUUCAGAACGGCUCUCUAUUAUUUGGAAAGGAUGCUGGAGGAGGGUAUCGCACCACAAACAGUCAUCUAUACAAUGCUUAUAAAUCAGUUUUUCAGGAAAGGGGAUGUAAGAUUAGGUUUAGACCUUGUUGUUUUGAUGAUGAAAAGCCAUGUUGAACCUGAUCUCAUCACCUAUGGUGCUUUAAUUACUGGCAUUUGCCGAAAUGUAGAUCGCCGAGACAUGAGACCAUCUUUGCCAAAAAAACUGAAGGAAGCAAGGUAUAUGCUAUUUAGAUUGCUGCCACAAAUCAUUGAUACAAGAAAGGGAAAACAGAAGGACAAAUACAUCUCUACGGAAGAAAAGAUUCAGGCUGCUCAGAGUAUAAUUCAGGAUCUUACAGAAAGUGGGAUGAUGCCUGAUUUACAUAUUUAUAAUGGGAUGCUUAAUGGCCUUUGUAGAGCCAACAAGAUGGAUGAUGCUUACAAUCUCUUAUCAGCGAUGGAACAAGCUGGUGUUCUUCCCAAUCAUGUGACUUAUACAAUACUCAUGAAUAAUCAAAUAAAAUCAGGAGACAGCAACCGUGCUAUCCAACUAUUUAACUCAUUGAACAGCAAUGGCUGCAUUUUUGAUGAUAUAACAUACAAUAGUUUUAUUAAGGGGCUUUCUCUUGCUGGAAGAACGAAAGAAGCACUGUCGUUUUUGUUGAUGAUGCAGAAAAGAGGCUUCGUACCUAGUAAAGCUUCCUAUGACAAACUAAUAGAGCUUCUUCUUACUGAAAAUGAAAUUGAUCUUGUCAUACAGUUAUUUGAGAAUAUGUUUGUCCAGGGCUAUACUCCACGAUAUUUCAACUACACUUCUUUGCUAUUAGUACUUGCAAAAGAUGGCCGGUGGAGUGAGGCUGACAAGAUUUUUAGGAUGAUGCUGAAGAAAGGGAGGUAUCUUGAUACAGAAACAAAGAAAUGUUUAGAGGAGCAAUGCUAUAAACAGGGGGAGCUUGAUUUAGCCUUUGAAAUGGAGGGUAGCAUGCCUUUAUAUGCAGUAGGAUAAUGGUUGUAUGCUACAGAAAUAAUCAAGUACUGUAGCAACUACCAGAACUACAUGAAGUUCUUGAAGGUUUCGGAAGGUGAGAGGCCUCUGAUAGUAUCAAAGAGGAAAGCUGCGAGCAGAUGCUAGCAAUGGCACUAUGCAGCUGUGCAGGUGUUCAUAAAUAGGCGGGAGAUCAAAGAGAGAUCUUAGGAUGAUUAAGGGCCAGGGGAUCAUGUGGCCUUGAAUGCAUUCCACUGUCUUAUUGUUGAGAUCAUCUGCUUCGUACUUUCAGCAGGUCUCAUCUAUUGGCAGUUCAUUGGGCAACAAUACAUAAAGCUAUAGCACAAGUAACCGAGUGGUGAACAAGUUCUGGUAUUUCACAUAGCUACAAGGUCCACUGGGUCUGGAAAACCUUAGUCUAUGUGUGGUUACAGGCAAACUAUGUCUUUCCUUUUCCAUGAAUGCUGAGCUAAGCCAUAUAAUUCCUCCGAGGAGAUUCUUGAGUCUGUAUCAAGGGAUUCGCAUGUCAUGGUGCAUGUGAAAACAGUUAGGCAUGAAGGAGGAUGGUAUGAUGUUGUUCUUCUACUAAUGGAUCUUGGCUGUACUUCUGUUUUUCCCUUGACCUGGUUCAGCUUCCCAAUCAAUUUUGUCUAAUAGGUGGAAUGUUGAUUGAAAUGAAGACACUGAGUCAGAGUAUGGACGACUUGUUGGCACAGCCAGGUGCUAUGCACCUAUUGGUACACUUAGACCAAUGUUUGUGAGGAAACUCCAACUUCGGCGUACUUGGCUUCUGACUACUCUUUGGUUCCAUUGAAACAACACAAUGGGAAUAUGCUGUCUGCAUGCCUUCCGCCAUCUCAAUGUUCAGAUGCAAAAUGUCAGCCAAGGCCAGAGCACCUCCCCAAGUAUGAAGAGCAGCCACCUGCUAUGCCUGAUUAUUUCGAUCCAAAUUUUGCUGACCAUCUACACCAUAGUUCCAAUGGGCCUCAGCUAUCAGUUAUUCAUUGGGCAACAAUGCUUACAAGCAAUGGAGUAAGCAUGAGGACCAUAGUAAGUUCCCAGGGUUCAGUUGGACUAGACCCUGAUGUGUCUUCCCCAAGGGAUUCCAGGUUCAGUUGGACUGGAUCUAGGGGAGCUCUAUGGGUACAUGAGUACAUCUCUUUCCCUCAUUCAAAAUACACACUAAAUCUGCUAGAUUACCCUGAAUGUAUGUAUGACUUGGACAUACCUCUGGAAGCUUAAGAAGCUAAUCUUCGUAUACCAUAAUUCUCUUCGGUUGAGGUUGAUCAUCUGCAACUUUUUAUUUGCAUGUUGUUUUCUGAAUGUAAUAUCAUAGCUACAAAAAUCAGAACCCUCCACACUUGGAAUUGACUAUCUGGAAUUCUCUAAUUCUCUUUGUAUAUGAUGACAUGUGAAUGACAUAAUCUAACAUAUUUGUGCAGCACAGGA